AUAAAUGCAUCAUUUUUCUUUUUUUUAGACAAAAUGAAAUUCCACAAGCAGCGCGUUCUUAGAGCCUCCAUAAUCGCGUGUUAGAGUUUCGGAUAGUUCGGUGGACCCAGUUUGGUUGAUAAAUAUGUUAACUUUUUGGGUACUUAUAUGUUACCUUAACGGCAGAGAUGCGUUUUCCGACGCCUGUAGGUACCCGAAUCUCGUGCCGGAAAGGAGGGUCCGAGCCUGCCGUGCGUGGGCCAGAUAAAAGGAGCGGCACGCCGAGGGGGAGGUGGGGAGUCGAGUCCUGCGGACGUCGCGCGUCCCGGAAAAGAAGAAGCGAGAAGAAGCGAGAGGAAGCGAGAGGAAGCGGACGCGAAGGGACGGAGAGCGUCUGGCUCGGGUGACGCGCUCGCCUUUCUCGAGGCGGCGCAAUCGGCCGCGUUACUCUCUCCGCGUGGAGCGACGCGCCGGGGCCCGGGCGCGGGCGCGAGUGGGGCGCGCGGCCCCGACAAAGAGAGGCAAGAGCGGGAACCGCCGUUCCUCCGAAGCCGGGGUCUCGGCAACGGUCAUUUAUCCCCUUCUCGAGGAGGCCGGGCCCGUCAGUCGACGUUCACCGGGCGAGCGGCGCGCUCGCGACAUAUCGGACAGCUUUCGCUGCUCUCGCCGAUCCGAAGGUUACCGAGUGGCGCCAAUCGGUCCGGUCGGUCGCGUCGUCGAGACCGUCCCCGCCGUCCGGGGGUCGUCCCUCGAGAGGGAGGCGAGGCGUCGCCGGGAGGGGACAGCGAGGCCCGGCGAGGGAGAGAGCGAUGACUCUCUCCGACCCCGGCGGAGACGCGAGGGCCCCGCCGACGCUCUUCUAGCACCGAGAGGACCCCGACAUGGCGCUGGCCAACUUCAGCCUGCCGUAUCAGGCCACUCCGUCCCCGUUCCUGUUCCAGAGCCACCGAGCGCCGGAAGCCUUCGGCCCGAGCCCCGACCCGGGGCGCUCGGCCCCCCUGGCCUACGACGACGAGGGCAACGACGAGGAGUCCUACGACAGUCGGCCCUAUUCCGCCCCGGCUUAUUACAGGCAGAGGCAGGCUCACCGAGCGAGGCCUCUUCCUCAGGCCUCUUCCGCGAGAACGGAGACGCGGUUUCCCCCGGGACUCGGUUCCGGGGACUUCGAGAGGACUCAGCCUCGCCGGCAGCCCGAUCGUUUCCGGGAGCCCCUGCCACCGCGGGAACAGCUUCAUCCGCAGCAACAGACGCAGCAACCGCUGCAGCAGUUGCAGCAGCAACAGAGGGCCGUCGAGACCCCCCGCGACGACUACCCCGGGAGACCCGAUGGGUACACCCGGGUCAACGGUGCCGGGUACGGCGGACCCGACGCCAAGACGUCGGUGCACGCCGUCCUCGACUACGACGCCGACGGGGAAGGCGACGCUGAGUUCGAGGACUACCUCGAGGACAACAACCGAGGGGUGCCAAGGGGUGCCCACGUGACCCCUAUCCAGGGUCCCAUAUUCCUAAAGAACGGCACGGUGCCCGUGGUGCCGCUUUUCUCCUAUCCCCAGCUCAACAAUGGGACCUUCGUCCAGAUCCCAAUCCUAUGGACAGCCCUUUCCGUGGCGCUGGGGGUCGAGCUCAGGGGCGACCUGGUCAGAGGGGCGCCCUGCAUCAAGAGGUACCACCAGCUGUUCUGUCCGACCGCUGGGAACACCUACCCCAUAGAACGGAUAGAGAGGUUCAUCGACGAGAACAAGGCCCUGAUGCGCAGGAUGUACGGGGACUUCGAAAUGAGCGAAGGGGAACCGCCACCUCCUCGCGACCCUGGGGCGAGUCGCCGUCGCAGGGACUCGUCGUCGGGGCCUUCGAAGCACGACCUCCCUGACGGUGGUCCCGGGUCGGGGAGAGGUCACCAGGGGAGCGGGGAUUCCUACUUUGGACACGGGAGGUCGACCAGACAGGCCCAUGGAAGUGGACCAACCCCGGCCAACGGGCCCAACUCCGCCAACGCGAAGCGGACGGGCAGGGUCGACGCCUGCGAAUCCAAGGUGGAGAUCGUCACUCCCUAUUGGGCCAGCAACAGCGCCGGCAAGAUCAGGGCCAUCGUGAACACCCAGCAUUUCGAGCAGGCCAUUCAUCAGGAAGUGUGCUCGAAGACGCAGACCAAUCGGUGCAACGGUGACUGCGGGUGCGAGCAGAAGUACAAGUGGCACCGACUGCUGGCCUACGACCCCGACAACGACUGCAAAGGCAUCUUCAUGGACUGGUUCCUCUUCCCCUCCUGCUGCGUCUGCAGAUGCGAACCCACCAGCGGCAAGUUCGCGACAUCCAGCUCCUCCACAUACAAGAGCAAUCCCUGAGCAGGGUCUCAGCUCCACCUGGACGUUAGAGUUCUCCUGUGCCAGGAGACGGUGCCAGCGGAAAGCGACCGCGCGUUCCCUGUAAUCCGGAUCCGGAAUCCGGGCCGCGGACCGAGACCGGACGCGCCGAAAAUGAAGGGAACUACACCGAGCAGAAAUAAAGUCAA